AUGGUUUCCAGCAAGCAAACGCUUGGUUUUCUCGCGGCAGCGUUGGCAGUUGGUGCCAACGCCCACGGUGGAAUGGACGACAGUGCAAUGUCAAUGUCAAUGUCAAUGUCGAUGCCGAUGUCUUCGUCUGCAGCUACUAUGUCCAGCUCUGGUGGCAUGGCUAUGUCCACGGGCUCUUCGUCCAUGCAAAUGGACGAUUCUAUGGUGGGAAUGAACUCGUAUCUGACUCCAAAAUACAUGAACUACCCGGUACUAUUUGCGCAUUUGAAUGCCAAAAACAAGGGCGAAGCGUUCGGAAUCUUUGUGCUCAUCGUUGCCGCUGCUUUUGCUUACAAGUUUCUGCUCUUCACCAGCUGGUGUCUCGAGGUGAAAUGGUUCAAACAGUGGAAUCCGUCCUCUGCUGCUAAGACCCGUCCAGCUCAAGGUUCCGGCCUUGUGGAAGAAAGCGACGGCUCCUCCGUUCUCGGUGCGCAAAACUACACGCAGGACUUGGAGUUCCAGAGCCAGUUUCUGCCCAAAGUGCCCAACUUGUUCGUGCAGGUGUUUUCGCCCUCCGUCAAAGACCUAUGCCAUGAUUUCAUCCGUUUGUUGUUGAUCUUCACCUCCACUAUGUUCAUCUACAUGCUUAUGUUGGUGGCCAUGACUUUUGUGCUCACCUAUGUGUUUGCCGUGAUUCUUGGUUUGGCUUUGGCCGAAGUCUUUUUCAACAGGUGGAAGAUCUGUCUCAUUGCGAGAUGGGAGCUAAAAAGACAACUGGAAAGAAAAGGUAACUGCAACGGUGGUGAAGUCUGCCCUUGCGAUGACGACGACAACGAAAAUGGUGGCAGAGAUGCUCAGCCAUCAUCAUCUAGCGGUUCUAGUCGUGCCUCGACAGCCUUAGAAAAACCUAAUGUUUCCGCCGGACAAACGACAAAGAAAAAAGCGUCUUGCUGUUGCGCUCCAGAUCCCGUCAAUCCUGACACAGACACAUGCAAAUGCGAUGGAUCUUAUGCCGACAACGAGGCUUUUAAAGAACGCCAGGCUCGCGAACUUUCCAGUAAUAAUGAACAAGCAGGAGCAAUGGACGUCAACCUAAUUCCCGCAGAAAAGUUCCCCUGA